ACGCGCACCGUGACAGCCAACUAACUACACGUAACCACUUUGACGACAGCUCUGCAGCCGCGAACAUGGCCGAUUUCAGCAUGUUCUUCGACCGACACAUGUUUUGGAAUAGACUAUUUGGCUCUUCACUACAGCGAGUUUUUCCCAGCAGCCCAAAUCCGUUCCCGUUCGGUGCCGGAAUGACGAUGGACAUCCACCAGCGAGGUCUUCGGCACGACGGCGAUCCCCUGUACCUCCCCAGGGUCUCCCCCGAGACCAUCGGCUCCCAGACACCCGACAUACCAUCGCCUCCGCAGAAACCGGCCAAGAGGAGCUUCGACGUGGCCUUCCUGAUGGCCCCUGACGACCUGUCCACCAAGAAGCGUCAGCAGCAGCAGCAACAGCUGAGACUAGUCACUUCAGCGUCGUUGAUGCAGAGGCAUUCCCCUCCACACAUGACGAUGGCCGGAGACAUGGAAAUGAAGAUAUCCAGACAUCUCCAUCACCAAAGAAUGAUGCAUCAGAGAGACUUCAAUGACCUACGUCCUACUUCACCUCUCGGGCUACUAAUUCCAUCACCCAAAGAAGUCUUGAAGUCCGGCCCGGACUCGAAGGAGUCGGUAAUUGAUGUUACCCAAGAGGAAGAAAAUCAAUUCGCCAAAAGCGCUUUCACCAAAGUCAAAAGUGCGAGGUUGGAUUUUCCCGGAGCGAAUGUGUCAGCCUCUCCUUCGUCAGUGACAUCGAACAGAUCCGGAGGAUUGUCACCUGAUGUAUCGUAUCAAGAUAGUCUUAGCCCGCCGAUGGCGAAUCGUGGCUCCCCAGUCAACUAUGCUAAAAUGAACCCGAACAUGAACUACUUCGAGAAAAAUCCACCCAAUGUACAGUUCUACCCAAAAGAAAAACCUGAAGGAAACUCUUCACGAGAGGGAAACGGAUUUGUAGGGAAUUUACUUAACAAACCCCCAGACAUGGGUAAAUUUCGCACGAUGUUCUGUCCGAAUGGCAACCUUCCCUAUGGUGGUUUACCAGUUCCGUAUCCAUUCCCACCGAAUUUCCCUCCAGGAGGACCUCCUGUUCCCGCGCUUUUGACUGCCGCCGCCAGUGUUACUGCUGCUCUACUACCUCCUGCGCUCGCUGCUCUUACUCUACCUGCACAGAACGUCUGCGCCAAAUGCAAGAUAUCCUUCAGGAUGACGUCAGAUCUAGUUUACCACAUGAGGUCCCACCACAAGGGAGAGCACGUAGCGGUAGACGCCGUCAGGAGACGCCGGGAGCAGGACAAGCUCAGAUGUCCUGUCUGCAACGAGACCUUCAGGGAACGACACCACCUGACCCGCCACAUGACCGCCCAUCAGGACAAGGAGGGGGACGACGAUGAGGACGACGCUCUAGAACUGUCGAGGAGGCGGAACCACCUAAAGUGACAAAACCAUCUCCACCUCCAUCAGUGUUAGUCCCCGUACGUGUUAAAGUGCAAUAUGUAAGCAAUAUUAAGUUUUCGUUGUUACCUCUUUAUCGUGUAAUUUUCCCGCUGUGAAUGAACAUUAUUGAACAUUUCUUUGUAUCAUAUUGUAUAUAAUCGUUGUAUGACUUGUUGUUUCAUUGUUAUUUAAUAAUAAUCGUUAUUCAGUA